AUGGCCGGUUCUAUCACCAACAACGCUGCGCUAUACAAGAAGAAGAACAAUUUUACUAAUGUACCUCCAUCACCAACGACCGAACUUAUCGAAUCUACAUCUUACACACUCGACUUCGUAGCCCGUAAGUUUGUGCAUAUCGGUAUUGACCCGAGCGAACAAUUCCAGGUCGUUGUACAUUUUUUAACCCCAUCGCGGCAUGUCAAAUUAACACCGGAUUUUCUAAAACGUAUAUUUUCACUGAUGGGUAAUAUGCUGUCAUUCGUAUUGGAGCAGACACUAACAUAUAAGCGCACGUUAUUUUUGGAAACCGAACUUUAUAAAAUAUCCAGUAUGGUGUAUGGCGGAGAAAAWGUSAYAGUGAUAGAAUCAAAAACUCAGGACGGGUGCAGAGUACUGUUGAAUCGGAAGGACGUUAUACUAAUUCAGUAUUUGGAAUGGUGCAUAUUUGAAACGAUUACACAAAAAUCAAUUAUGACACAACCAGYUGUCUUAAAACAAUUCGAAAUGUUUUUAAACUAUAUCGAUGUUGAAUUCACCAAAGUUGAUUCACCACCGAAAAAUCAUGAAGAAAUGGUCACAUUUAUCAAAAAUCCACGCGACGAAAGUGUAAUUUYAAAAAUUCCGAAAAAUGGUGUAAAUUUCAUCAGUCAACUUAAGAUGUAUGCUUCAUCUCAAUUAGCCGAACAUUGGACGCAACGAUGGAGCGGAGAAAUGUCGCCAGAGUUAUUCACCGAAUCCGAAAUGAGGCUCAUAUCACCAUUGUCGCCUCCUCAAUAUAUAAAUAUAUAUUGA